AUGAAAUAUAUUGCAGGUUUUCAGAAAGAAAUGAGUCAAAGAUUACUGAUUCACACGGUGAUCUUCAUACUGAAAAAUACAAUAAUAUUCAUGUUACAUCUACCAGUCAAGAAAACCAAUACGAGAUCAGUUAAAAUAUUCGUUGUGAACAAGCUGAGCAAAUUGAUGAUGUUUAAUAUGAUGGCAUUGGCAGUGUUUGUCUAUGCAAUGAGCAAUGUUGAUGUGCAAAUAUACUAUACCGCAUUCAUUGCACUGAUAUUCUUCUAUCCAAUGGCAGUAUUUACUGGAAUCAAGAUACUGGUGAUAUUUAGACAGUUUGAUCUGACAGUGCAUUACGAAUUAGUUGCAAUGAUUUUAUUUCUCAUGUUAUUUGAGGUGAUAAUUACCAUUGAUUUCCAUCAAAAAAUUGGAUUUAUAUCAACAUCGCUGAUAUCAGCCUACACCAGUGAAGCACAACUUGUUGAAGCAUAUCAGAAAAGACAGCAACUCCAUGGACUCUGA